AUGAAAGUCUCGUUCACUGUUCAGGAAGAUGAAGCUCUGCUGCAAUUUUUGAUCGAAAAUUCUUCAAAAUAUGAUGAGAUGGAAGUUUUCAUGAAAGCCCAACAAAUCGUGCCCGCACUCUCUGAGAACACUGCUCUGGAACUCUUGCUAAGAUAUCGUGAAUAUCUAUAUCCAAUGAUUACCGGUAAACCAUUCAAGGAGACGUUCGAGUUGGAUUCCGAACUUCGAAACAAUACAUCUUCAUCACCCACGAAACCUUCUGAUGAAGGUUUUCUGACUUUUGAAGAAGAUAAAGCUCUCUUGCAGUUUAUUGUCGAGAAUGCUCACCAUUACGACCAAUAUGAAAUUUUCGAAAAGGCGAGACAACAGUUUUCCGCUCUUUCAGCAAAAACUGUGUUGGAAUUGUACUUGAGAAACCAUGAGUACUUGUUCCCAUUGAUGACUGGACAACCUUCUGAACACGUUUCCUCAUUGCAUCCAGUUCUUCUCGAAAAAGAGUUCAUCAACAAGGAGAAAAAAGAAGAGGAAUCCUUCACUGUUGAACAGGACACAACUCUUCUGACGUUCGUGAUUGACAACGCAUCUAAAUACGAUGAAACGGAAUGUUUUUUGAAGGCAACACAACUUGAGCCCACUUUGAGUGGCUUUUCUGCCCUUGAGCUUUAUCUGAGAUACUACGAACAUCUUUUCCCACUGAUAACUGGUCAAGAUUAUAAACGUCUGGAUCUGUUCCCGAGGUGGAAUAAAUUUACCUUAAUUCAUGAAUUGAGAGCUUUUCAGAAACCAAGAAUGCCUAUUCCCUUUGUCAACGGAACUACCUUCGCAACUGUCAAACGAAAUUCCGUCACCUGUGAACUGUGUCCCAUGCAAAGGGAGAUGCCUUCCCAGAAAGCGGAAUUGGAUGGGAACGACGAUCAUCCAAAACUUGUCGUUAACGUUGUUCCAUUGCACAAACAUCAAUUUGAACUGAACAUAAUGGCGAUGCCUGAAUUAAUAUUGUGA